AUGGACCCAAAACAAUUCAGAAAGAAGCUCCUCAAAGAUUGGAGCUUGAAGGGUGGCCACCUGUUCGCAAAGCACUGGCCUGCACUGUACGCUUGGAUUGUGCGAGCAUUUAUAGAGAGUUCGACUGGGGACCGCGCAGUUGGCAGUGAAUUUUACAGACACAUCUUUGAAAUCCUUGAAUGGGGUCGCCGAAUUUGGUCGGAUAUCUCCAAGACGGACCGUGGGGUUGUUUUUGAAUUGAGUUUUGUUCGAGGGGUCAAAAGGCUGUACUUGACAGCUCUGCAUGAGGUGAUUAUUCCCUGUGGGCCAGAAGAUAAGUGA